AUGACGACGCAAAAGCCAGCACGGGUUACUCCGAGAAAUAUUCAAUUCAAUGAUAGUGUGGAUAUCAGACAAAUUCCACGAAAUGACGAGGGUGGACAAGGUUUCGAUGAGCAAAGCUGGAAUCCAAAUUUACAUAAUAAAGGUGUAUUCAAUGAUAAACCCAAAAAGCAGAAAAAAGUUGUCAUUGCCAUUGUUGUAACUGGUGUUAUUAUUCUGGCAAUUGUGGUUGCAGUUGUCGUUGGUGUGAUAGUUAGUCAGAAAUCAUCGACCACCGCUGAUAACUCGCUUUCAUAUAAUCAAGCGUGCAGUCCAGGCUCAAAUCAAUGCAUUUCAUCGAAGGGUCUCUAUUGUCCAAGUGGAUUUUGUGUGUGUAGUUCGGGUACAAUGUGGAAUCCAGCGAAUAGUACAUGUUCCUUUGCGAAAUAUAAUGGCAGCUGUACAUCACCAAGUCAAUGUGAUUCAAGUCGAGGUCUUUCUUGUAAUAACAGUCAAUGUGUAUGUGACGCAGCUAACUAUUGGAAUUAUAACUUUCAACAAUGCUAUCCACGGCUUAAUUAUUCCGAACCCUGCACAUUUGACAGUGAUUGUAUUCCAACAUUAAGCUGUCCAACGGUGGCAGGUGUAUGUAACUGUUCACGAUACUUAGGAGAUUAUACUUGUAAUUGUGCUAACACUCAAUACUUUGAUCCAGCUUCGAAUCAAUGCGUCAGUCGCGCUUCAUAUGGUGGUUCAUGUACAGCAUCACUUAAUUAUACAUGUCUUAUAUCGCUUCAAUGUCCUUCGGGAACAUGCAAUUGCCCGACAGGUACAAGUUGGAAUGCCACAGCCACAGUUUGCAAUUAG